AUGAUGGAAACAGAGCUUCCGCCUGGCAGUAGUAACUCAACAGGACACCUCUCUACCAUUGGAUGGCAAGUACCAGGUCGUAUGCACCACUCGGCGAGCACGCCAGCGGGUGUGGACGGUGGCGGGUCUCGCACGCCGCCCGCCACGCCCAAGAAGGGCGGCAAGAUGCUGGCGGUGCGCGUUCAGAUGCUGGACGACUCCAUAUCCAUGUUUCAGAUACAGGUUAGCGACUAA